GUACGUACGUAGUCUGACCAAUGCGAGCUUGAUCCGAGACAGAAUUGACUCCUCUUUGACGGCUCGACCCUCGUAGUACGACGUCCCAACGGCACGAUGCUGCUGCGCCUUGUGAAGAGUUAUGCAGCAUCUGCCGUGCACAAGCCCUUGGCGGCGUGGUUAAGCUCAGGCAAGCUUACGUGCCCCCCUGUCGCUUUUUCGGUUUCCCAAGCGAAACCAUCGCGAGCUCAGCGCCAGCCCUUUCCUCCCUUGCCAUCCUUCUAGGACUCUCGCCCACCCGUCGUCGACAUUGUCAUUCGUUCCAAUUCCUCGUAACCACAGCCACGCCGUCGCAAUGGCACAGGACCACACUGCACGCCUCCUCGAGGAGCACGACGCCGCCGUCAAGCGCAUCCAGGAGCAGGUCAAGUACUUCCACGACAACAAGAAGCAGUUCCGCGUCUACCAUGGCUCCACCAGCUCGACGCGCCCGCUGAGCUUCAAGCGCGACGAGAUUGUCGACACCAGCGACAUGGGCCGCAUCUUCCCUGUCGACAAGGAGACCAUGACCGUCAAGGCCGAGCCCAAGGUGCCCAUGGACCUGCUCGCCGCCCACUGCCUCAAGGAGGGCGUCAUCCCCAAGAUCGUCAUGGAGUUCAAGGGCAUCACCGUCGGCGGCGGCUUCUCCGGCUUCUCCGGCGAGAGCAGCAUGUACCGCUACGGCCUCUUCAGCAACACCGUCCCCGAGAUCGAAAUCGUCCUCGGCGACGGCACCCUCGAGAUCGCCAACCGCGAGCACAACGCCGACCUCCGCGAGCACGCCGCCGGCAGCCUCGGCACCUUUGGCAUCGUCACCCUCUGCACCAUCGAGCUCAUCCCCGCCACAAAGUACGUCCACGUCGAGAUCCGCGAAGUCGACGAGGUCGCCAAGGCCCACCUCAUGUUCGAGGAGGCCUGCGCCAACCCCGACAUCCACUUCAUCGACGGCGUCUACUUCCGCAAGGGACGCGUCGUCGUCAUGUACGGCCGCUUCGUCGACGAGUUCCCCAAGGGCCACCAGGCCCUCAAGAAGAUGCAGGUCCACUGGUUCGCCGACACCAUCGAGGACCUCCUCGACAAGCACAAGCCCACCAACGAGACCCCCCAGUCCAUCUACAUGACCACCACCGACUACAUGUUCCGCUACGACCACGGCGCCUUCUGGGGCGGCAAGCUCGCCUUUAUGCACUUUCACGUGCCCCAGAACGCCCUCACGCGCCGUCUCGCCGACCCCUUCCUCGACAGCCGCACCUGCUACCACGCCCUCCACAAGUCCGGCCUCGCCGCCGAGUACGUCGUCCAGGACUUUGGCAUCCCCGCCAAGAACGUCAACGAGUUCAUCGCCUUUGUCAACGAGACACUCCCCGAGCUGCAGAUCUUCCUCGCGCCGUGCAUGCGGCCCCGGGAGAUUGGCCUCACCUCGCGCUUCCACCCGCGCGUCGCCGAGGUCGCCGACGAGCGUCUCUUUGCUGUGGGCGUCUACGGCCGCGGGCCCUCGGACCCCGCGGCCUUCUACGAGCUCAACCGCAAGCUCGAGCUGCGCAGCGCCGAGCUCCUUGGUGCCAAGCUGCUGUACGCUCGCACCUACUACACCGAAGACGAGUUCUGGACCAUUUACGACAAGACCAUCUAUGACGAGAUGCGCAAGAAGUACAAGGCCGAGGGUCUGCCGUCCGUGUAUGACAAGCUCAAGGCCGACAUGAACACGGGCGCCGGCCAGAGGAGGCCCGUCCGGGGCAUUCUCGAGACCAUUUGGGACAAGGCCAUUGGCAACAAGGAGUACCUGCUCAAGAAGUGAGAGGCAGACGCAAGAGGGCGAGAGAAGAAGGGGAGGUGUAGGACAGAGGUUUUUCAGUGGUAAUAUGUCAUGAUACCCAGUCGUGUUGUAUUAUCUCUCCGCAUUCAAUCCAUCUUAGACUAAUUAUGUGUGGUUCACUACUACAAAGCUUAUUACAAUUUUACUCGUUUCAUUGACAAU